AUGGAAACCCCAAGUGUCCGUGUGCUCGUCGUGGGGGACUCGGGCGUGGGCAAGACGACGCUCUUGCGGUCGCUCUGCCGCCCGCAGUCGCGCGUGCCGGCGAAAACACUGGACAAGCCGCCGACCACGUGGACCGCAGGAUGCGACGUCCACGUGCUGCUCAAGUCGCUGGGACCCGACGGACGCGACGUCUUUGUGGAGUUCCUCGACGUGGGCGGCCACCGCCAAUACGAACGCAGCCGUCGGGCGUUCUACGUCGACGUCCAUGGCGUCCUGUUCGUCCACGACCUGAGCAACGCCAAGAGUGGGGACCACCUGAGCCAGUGGAGUAGGGAGCUGAGUGCGGUCCAACGCGCGAAGGGCUGUGUCGUGCCCUCGCGAACGGGCAAAACGCAUGGGGACGUGCCGACGUUGCACGCGCUGCCGAAGCUCGUGGUCGGUAGCAAACGAGAUCUGGUGGCGGCCAACGGGGCAGCGCGCGCGGCGAAGCGGAUCGAUGUGGUCGACGGGCGGCCCGUUUCGUGCCUGGAAGCGUGUGCAGAGCCUUUGGCGAUGGAGCCGAGUGGAGCGUUUGAUGCGUUUCUUCGGCAGACAGUCGCGUUUGCUCAUCGAAAAGACGCUGCAACAAGUCAUAGCAGCUACGACCAGAGCAGUACGGGGCUUCGACAGCUGAGUAGCCGCACAGUCGACGCGGAGGAAAGCAGACCGAAAGGUACGGCAGAGUCCGACAGUGCUGUGGACGUGCUGCCGCUAUUGCCCACGGACACACGCUCAGCCUGGUGGUAG